AGGAUGGAAUAUUGUUAAUGCGAGAUCUGAAUAGUUGUGAUGACCGUAGCAUUGCUAUAUACAAGCUUUCAGUAUAAAUAGAGUCAUUUGGACCUAAAACCCAAACAGAAGAAAACAAGGAGAGAAGGAGAAGAACAAGAGGGGCUAAUGGGAAGUGAAGAAGAGAGAGAGUUGUACUUUGUUUUCAUGAACUACGAUCCCGAAUACGACCGCCUUCGAUCUAAAAGAACAAAGAGAGGGGGCCAUGGGAAUGAGCUUGAUUUGUACUUGAGUAGGAAGCACGACGAGUUGCUGGCCACCACCCUCGAGCCCGGUAGCUACAAGAAGACAUUGUCUCUGGUUAUUGUUGAUGGCUUUGCAGUUCAAAUCACUGAUGAUCAGGCCAAUGUGCUCAGAUCUGCAAAGGGAGUGAGAGUUGUGGAGAAGAAUCAAGAGAUAGCAUAGCUACUAGCUAGCUAUUAUAUUUGUGGGACAUAAGAGUGUAAGAGCCUUAGUUGUUGAUGUUUCAAUGUUUCUGGCUAAAGGCUAGUAAUUAUUUGGGCUAGCUAGCUGUAUAUAUAUAUUUUCAGAUCGGAUUCGGAUGGGAACGUGAACCAAAUAGCCGUAAUGCUGUUGUGGCUUGACUCGCGUGUGGUUCGGUUAAGCUUCAUUGGCAUUCACUUCUCUAUUAUAGCUAUCAGGGGAAAAUGCUGCUAAGGACAAGUAAAAUCCCUACUAUUAAUUUGAUGGCAUUGUAUCUCUCAAUUAACGCCAUUGCAAUAUCGCAAAAUAUCUAGUUUUGAAGCUCAA